UAUUCUACUACAUCCAUCCAUAGAUGCUGUAAACUGCACGUACGAUUUUGACAGGCAGAGAGCGGUCCGUAGUAGUAAACUUGAUAGGCGGAGGAAGCGCUAGCACUCCUCUAAAAAGACUAUAAUGUUCUCUAAGCACCGGAUUAGGGAAUAUUACACCACCAUUUUAGGACUUGAUAGCUAAUUAAUAAAUUUAGGUUUUUCUUUUUUCUCUUGAUGAAUGCAUGAGCUUGUAAGGUAAAUUAAAAUAUGUCGAGCCAACAAUCGCAAAGAGUUCGAAAAAAUGUUUCACCCGGUGGAGCUACAAAGCAAGGUCCUAUCAGGGCUACAGUACCUUUAUCCCUGAUGCAAACCUGUAGUCCAACGAGAUGUCUAAAAAGUAGUCCUUCUAAUUCACCACCAGUUAAUUGGGCUAACGAAGGAAGCAAAGUCAAAACAAGACUGUCUCCUGAUAAUCGGAUAUCGCCAGAAACCCAGUCCACUACCUCUCCUGUAUAUAGAGCAGAUAAGUCUAAGACCUUGGCCAAGAAUGUCAGUUCUGCCCCUUAUAUUAGGAGAACAGCAUCAGUGGAUACCAUCUAUCUGCUGGGACAGUGGCAAAGAGAUGCCCUCUACCUCAGCUAUUGUGGACGUCUCAUGAUGGAUAGGGCUACACAGACUCCAGAAGAAUUUGAAGAGGCUGAUCGAAGACUAUCUCAAAAGAAAGGAUCUUCAAUUUCUGGAGAAACAUUAGAAAUGAAAUUUAUCCGCCAGCGCCUGCAAAGGACCAAUCAUAACAGCCGCCUCACGGGGCCCUCCAGCUCUUACCAAAGGCAGAGUCCCGUUCAAGGGGACCACCAUGCCAUAUCAUCGUCCACCUGUGGAGCCACAUCUCCUAUUCUGCCGUCCAUCUCUCCCCACCACCAGGGGGCACAACUUGCUGCUAGCAAUGGCAACAAUGCCAGUGCCACCUAUUCCUCUUUUGCCUCUGCAUCAUCGCGUGCUCUUCCUAUUCCAAUCCCUGACAUUCCGAAGCCUCUGAUUCCAAGAAUGAGAAGUAGUGUCGAGGGUCUUAAUCAGGAAAUAGAACGGAUAGUUUUAAGAGAAAUUUCUAACACUGACGGUGAAGAAAGUGAUAGAGCAUUGGAACCUACUCCAGAAGGGCACAGAGCACCAAUUGCUGAUUUGUUCCGAAACACACAAAGUGUUAAUACUCAAACUCCUUUCGAUCGUGGUUCCAGUAGUCAGAGUAGUAACAGUUCCCACAGUGGCAGCCAAUCUAUUUCUCCUGUUGUACCAAUCAUACCUGGUCAAAUGGAUAGUUCUAGGCCCUCGAGUAAUGAAGGAAGUAAAGACUCUCCAGAUUUAGAAGGAUAUACUAAUAAAUUGGCAACCAGUCCUCAUAUUAAUAAAUUUCUUGCUAGAGAGCCCCCUGAUGGAUGUGAGAAAGUGAAAAUAGCUGAGGAAACUAGGAGCUCUGUUUGUGCUGAUUUUCAAGAGUUUAGUUGUCCCAAGCCCAGUAUGCAUUUUGUUCUGUUACCCAGUCAAAGAUCCGCAUUUGAUCCCCUCUGCAAGAACUGUGGCGCUAUAUCUACUCCAAACGGGGACAUCAUCAAACCUGGUGCUCCAUCCGCUAGUAAAAGACUUCAAUAAAUUUAAGUAAAUUAAAUUAUAUGGGGGAAAAAACCAUCCACCAUAAAACCUCUGUCUUCACCUUUAUGACAAAAUUGUUUCAUAGCAAAAAGAAAAAUGUCCAAAAUCCCACAGCAUGGAGGUUAACAAAAGAAAUAUUAAUUAAAUACUGUUAGUAGGUUUAGAGUUUGAUUCACUCGUGUUUAUCAAGCUAUGAAUCGUGUCUCCUCAAUGAUUCAGAAUACGAUAUGUUUUUUCCUCAUGACAAUUUUGAUUAUUUUGUGUCUGUGUGUGUCUGUAUUAUGUUUAAUCUAGACAGUGUUGCAUAUUUGCCUUUCUUAAUGUGAGUGUUAAUUUGUGGUCAAUAUAUAUUGACAAACAAAUUAUUUAUAUGUUAGUUGAGUGUAAUGAGUUACUUUUUUGUUUACAAUGAGUUAUUGGCCAGCUUAGAUUCUUAAAAUUUUAAAGCAAGUUUCUUUUUUUUCUUUCUGAAAUUCAAAACUACUAUCUUUUAUUUUAAAUACUGUAGAGCUCCGAUUAUCCAGACCGGUUGGGACCUAAGUCAAUUUGGCAAAUUAAAAAUCUAAGUGAUUGAAAACUUUAAGAAAAACUGCUAUGAAUAAUGGUUUAGUCUACUUCCUUUGACGCAUAUUCUAAGCUUAAGAUUGGAAAUUAUUUUGGAGAGAAUUAAACAUUUUGCAUUCAUCUUCGAAUUUAACUUAUUCAUUGUUUUUCAUUUUACAUUAUUGUUUUUUUUCUUCCUUUUUUGAAAUAAAAACUGAUGCAAAGUUUAAAAUCGAAUUGCAAUUUUUUUUAAUACCUUGUACUCGUAAUGUGCCAAUGCCAUAUACAAGGGCUAUUUUAAUGUUUUCGUCUUUUUUUUUCACUCUUUUUAACUAUAUAAAUUUUUUUAUGCGACAACAGUAUGAUUCUUUUGCCUAUUUCAGACACAUUUAAAAACAUCUUUUACUCUUUAAAAACUUGCAAGAAAAAACUGUUUUCAAAGUCGUAAAAAGGGAAUUUUUUUUUGUCCCCCUAAAAAAAAAUUUUUUUUUUUGGAGCAAAAUGCACGAUCCUGAUCAUUCCAGAUAAACAGUGCUUUACUGUAUUUUAUUUUUAAAAAAAUUUCUGUGCUUCUUUACCAACUAAUUGUUCGUUGUGAAUAUUUAUCUACUAGUUAAAUAAUAGUUUCAUUAGCCAUUUAUAGAAAUUUUUUCAAAAACAUUUUCAUCAUGAGUGUAUAUCAGAUUUUGGACCAUACAUGCAUGUGACUUAUUCUUUUUAGAUCUUGUUAAGGGAAAGAGGAAAAAAGGUUAUAUAGAUAUGCCAUUUAUGACUUGUCUAUCUGAUGUAAAAUUGUUUCUCUUGAAAAGCAUUUUCUUAAAAAAUAAUUAUACAUUCUGCAAAGCUUCAUUUACAAUUAUUUGGUUUUUGACAGUUUAUAUUUUCUGCAUCCUCUUGAUGAAAUAUGAGCUGAUGUACUAUUUUUGUAUCUGGAUUAUGUUUAUUGAAAAAGCCGAGGAAGUAACGUUUUUAACAGUUUAAGCCUUUAUUUAUUAAGGAAUUUUGUUAAUGAAGAUGAAUGUAUGGGUUAAAAAAAUAGUAACAACCUAUUGUGCCUGAUAGUAAUUUAAUUUUUUUUAAAUCAGAAUUUUACUGGGGAUUUAUCAUUCAUAUUUUUAAAUAUUUUAUUUUGUUUUAUUGUUAUUUCUUAAAAUUUAAAUUUUUUUAAAUAUUAAUUUACUUUUUUGUUACUAUUUAAAAAAGUGAAAGAGAUGAGCAUUUUUAGAAAUGGUCGAAACAUUAAAAGGCAAUUAUUUUUCAAAAACCUGCUUACACUCAGAAGAAUUUUUAUAACCGCAACUAAAACUGUAUUGUGAAUAAUAUAUUUUUUAUUAUCCUUCUUUACUGAAAUUGCAGUAUUUUUUUGCAACUAAGUAGAAAAUAAAUGUAGUUUCUUACUGUUAUUUUCCCUUUCAUUAAUCUCUGAUUUAAAAAUCUGUGUAGAAAAAGAAAAAAAUUCUUUUUUUAUUCUUUACUUUAAAAAAUUAAUUCAGUCUGAGAUUUGCUUCAAAAAGUAUUUUCUACUCAAAAUUGCAUAUGUUUUUUAAAAACAAUUUGAUUUUCACAGAUGUGAAAUGCAAAUGAAUCAAGGAAACAAUUUCCGAAAUAAUUCAUUUGUAGUUUUUUUUUUUUUUUUAAUGAUUUGGCAUUAAGUUCCACAGUUUAUAUGAAAGCGGCCUUAAGGGAUAGUUGAGAAGCUCACACUUCAGACUUAUCAAUUUUUAUUUAUUAAAAAGAAAAACCAGCAGACCUAUUUACUUGACCAUGCUUGAUAAAUUGAGUGAUAAUGACACUACAUAUUUAAAAUUCUUAAAAAUUUUAUGGCAUAUUCAGUGAAUAAGUCUGUAGAGGUUUUAACUCAUCUAAGUUUCCCGAGUUUACUGAAUCUUGAACAGGGAAGAAAAAAGUCUUUGUAUCUAAUAUGGUUAAAUAGUUAUGACAAACAGCCAGGGUUGUGUUAAGGCAUAAUGAGACCUAUUAUAUAUCAUGAGAAUAUUAUUUGGCCAAACUAUCCAAAACAUAACUAUAUUCAGAAAUAUUGAAAAUGUUUAUGAAUUUCAACUACAAUUAAACUUAUUUUCGAGAAAAACCUUUUUAAUUUUUUUCAAAAAUAAUUACAUUAACCAUUAAUGUUUGAUUAAAUCUCCAUGUCAGCAAAAAACAUCCUGUAUGAAAUUGCAAAUCUUGAGUAGUAGUAAGAAUUACCAAACAUACAAAUUUAAAAAAUUGAAGGAAACAAAUUAGAAUUUUACGUUUUUACUAAAUUUUUUAUGCUUGGCCAGCAGAGAGAGACCUCUGAAAAUUGUAAGGGUUUUAUCAAUGAAUACGGAGAAAACCAAAAACUUGGGACUUAAAGCAAAAGAAGAAAAUAUUAGUGAAUUGGAUGAAAGGCAGAAAGAAAUAACAUGACCUGAUAUAGUUUGUUUAUCUAUAUUCCAAAUUUUACUUUUAAAAAUGCAUAAAACUUUUAAAGAUUCUAAAUGGAAAACUGCAAAACAUUACCCUUAAAGCCUAAUAAUUGGAAAAUCCCAAAAAUCGACUUUACCUUCAUAUAUUUUAGAGAUCCCUAAACAAUAAAAAAGCCUGGAACUAUAAGUCCAGUAGUCCCCCUCUUAAUCUGACUCUUUAAAAAUGUCCUAAAAUUAGCAGAGUUGUUUACCUCACUUGGUUCCUCCAAAUGUCACAUUCUUACUAGGUGUCAUUAUCAUGUUAACUGUUUAUAGAACUACAUAUAAUUUAAUUUUUAAUCAGUAAAAAGUCCUGCCAACUUCAUAAAUUAUUUUGAGAUGCCUAACUAUAAAAAUUUAGCUCUUUUUUUGCUUUGUUUGAAAAUUUUUCUACGAGAAAUCACUUAGCAAGGAACCUAACAAUUU